AUGUCUCUCAUUGUUGCUGAUGCAACCAUGUCUCUCAUUGUUGCUGCAACCAUAGGAGAACACAAAAGAAAUUCGGAUCUUUCUUGUCAGGUUGCUGAAAAUGAUAAAAGUGUUUACACUUUCAUGAGACAAGUUGAUGGCCUACAACUUCAGAAAAUUGUUCACGUUGCAAGGAAGAAGUUGAAAGAUCGGCACGAAUGUGAUUUUCAAACUUUUCAUCAUUCGAAGCACAGCGAGCACGGCCCUGUGUGUGAAGACAAAUCGGUACAGGCAGAUUGGAUGAUGAUCUUGGAAACCAGGGAGGAAAAUGAAUUUUCGACAAAAUUAUUGAACAGCAAGACUGGUCCAACUGAACGCAACGAUAGAAGAAGUUUCAGCAGUAAGAAUGAUCAGCAACAUUCCAGCACUCCAAAUUUAGCGGAGCAAGUAAAAAAAUUCGAUAAAAAGCGAGAGUUGAGAAAAAGUGUAUCGAAUUCCGAGGAUGAAGAGGACAAAUCGAACAGGUCCGCAACGUACAAAGCUUUCCAACGUGGGAACAACGACGUGUCCAGGCAGCGAGAGGACAACCUGAUCGCACAUUUGAGAGACUACAGGUUCAGAGUGGAACAGUUGCAUCGAAUGUUGGCUAUAAAGAACAACGACAUUGAGCGAUUAGAGAAGGAAAUAGUUCGACUGAAGGAGAUCCUGGUUGAAUACAAAGGAAAGGAAAAGGAAAUGCAAUCCCUCAUAUCAGACCUCCAACUGAAUCUUACAGACUUCGAAGCCCAGGCAGGCCUUGCAUUACAUUCAUUUCAAUUCCUGUUAUCAUUAUCCUCUAUAACAUUCCCGUUAUUAACGAUGAAUACCAAUUUUUACAUUUUCCAUUAG